GAUCUGUGCAAACAACUAUCUACUAUAGUUCAGCAGAUUUCCCAACAUGUCAAUCGCGUAUAUAGCUCCAUCCUACACCAGAUCGAGCACCAAAUACUAACACGAACUAAGCUCUUGGAGUUUGAUAAUUUAGAAAGAGAACAGAGAUUCGAGAGAGGGCAGAGUAGUCAAUCCAGUGCUGAUCAAGGAGUCAAACCCUGCAACAUCAACAUCUUUUCCCUUUUUUGUGCCUUAGCCCACAUGUUAAGUACCUUAUUCCAUUUUCACGACCCUUUAUAUUUUCAUGCUCUGGGAUUAGAUUGGGAGGGAAUAAGAUUAGAGAGAGGGAGGGAGAAGAUGGAAGAACAUGUGGAGAUGGUUGGUAGGGCAUUCGUGGAUCAUUAUUAUCACCUCUUUGACAAAGAUAGAGCUGCUCUGUCUUCUCUAUACCAGCAAACUUCCAUGCUGACCUUUGAGGGACAGAAGAUUGUAGGGGUUGAGGAGAUAUCUUCUAAGCUUAAUCAGUUGCCAUUUGAUCAUUGCCAACAUGAGGUCAGUACCAUCGAUUCACAGCCCUCGUCAUGCACUGGCGGCAUCAUGGUCUUCGUCAGCGGCAGCCUCCAGUUGCCUGGAGAGGAGCACCAUCUCAGAUUUAGCCAGAUGUUCCACUUGAUUCCCACCCCACAGGGAAGCUUCUAUGUGCAGAAUGACAUAUUCCGCCUCAAUUAUGGCUAAUCUGUUGUCAUUCAACCAUUGAUGUAUGUGGCAAAUCUGCCUCAUCACUGUUAAUUGUAUUGAUCGAGGGAACAAAUACAGUUCAUCAUUCUAUGUUUUGUUUAAUCUUCAGAGGUCUCUGUUUCAUUGUUA